ACCAGUGGAGCAACAGCAUUCAUUGUGAAAUUUAAACUCAAAAUUGAAACACACGGAUAAAAGCAAACGCUAAAAAACACAAAUUUACAAACGCGUCAAGUGACAAAGCAAAUUUAAAGCGCGAAAAGAAUUUCAUAACAAUUACAAUAAAAAAGAUAAUUGCAACAAGAACAAUAACAAAGUAAAGAAGAUAAGAAAUCUACAACAAGUGUUUAUUGUAUAAUAAAAAAAAAAACAAAACAACAACAAGAAAAGUAAAUAAAGACUAUUAAAAAAAAGAAAGAACUUUUACUAAAAAUAAAAACAAAAAUAACAACAACAACAAGAAAAGUAUCUAGUGCUUUAACCAAAGAAAUAAAUAACAUUUCAAAAAUUGAUACUCAAGAACAACAUUUAAUUUUAACUGAAAACAACAAUAUGGUCGUGGAAGCUAUGCAGAUACAAUCCUAUCACAACAUGGCAGGCCCCCUAGGCAACAGCAGCCACAACAACAACAGCAACCUCAACACAAACAAUCUAACAGAUGCCAACAUGGAUUACUCUAAAAUUGGACGCACUGUUAAGAAUGCCUUGCUUAAGGCACAAACCGAGUCACGUGUCAUUGUAGGCUUAUCAGCAGCCAUUAAGGUGCUCUCCAAGGCAGCCGAGGGCUCACUCUUUUGCCUAAUGGCCGUGCCCCAAGAUGGUGACUCUGCCACCCAUAUGCAUGAAGUACUAUUGGAAGCUUUUUGCUAUGAAAACGAUAUCUAUGUCAUCAAGGUGGAUUGCCCCAUCAAGUUAAGCCGCAUUCUGGGCAAAACCACCAUCGAAUCCUGCUGUCUAGUGCAAAAAACCUGGACUGGUGAUCACAACGAAGAGAGUCUCAACAAAUUGGAAUCUCUUUUGGUGGAUUACUGUGAAGCUUACUGGGAUUCUCCCCAAAAACCCAUUGUUCAGCUGCCCAAUGUGUGAAUUAGCUUAAGUUAAAUAUAAUUCUAAAAUUUUGGACAUAAUUUUGCAAAAAAAAAAGGGAACUACUCUAACCUAUAAAAAGGUAUAAUUGGGUUUCCCCUAAUUACCGAGAAACGAGUAUAAAACGCUGGAAACGUUUGGAUAAUUUCCCGUUAGAAACCAAUCAAAACAAACUACUAAUAUUGAACCGACGUUUAAGGCAGUUUAUCUAGAAUCUAUGUAAAUUUAUAAUAAAAAAACAAAUUAAUACUGGAGAGACAUUUUAUAAAGCGGCAACAUGUGCAGUAAAAGAGCAGUCAAGCAGCAGCGUCAGUGGCAGAGGACAGACAGCAACAAGGUCAACUAAAUAAUUAGAAAUUUAGUUAGUUAAACACAAUCUCCAGGAAAACAAACAGCUAUUUUAUUCAUUAUAAUACUACAACAGCUGCAUUUAACACAAAAUCUAUUAUAUUUUUAUACAAAUUGUAUUAAACAUUAAUAAAUAUCAUAAAAAAAAUCAAAAGUAAUCGAGUCAAGAAAAAUCUCAUUACAAAAAUGAAAACAUUGAAAACACACAAACCAAACCGUCUGGCAGCCAGACAGUUUUUUGUUUAAUUUCUAAACUAUUAAUUAAUUUGUAAGCAAA